CAAUCUUGGUGGCGGGGAGAAAAAUAAUGAAUAAACACACAGCUGCCACACCCCUUCCCGUCAGCCUGCCGCCGGAACCGCUUGCACUUGAACCUAGAGCGCCUGCUGACUUUGGUGAGCAUCUCGAGAAAGAACGGAUAGUCUGGAUUUCUCCCAAGAUUUGGCCAAGGAGAGAUCUUCAGAAAAUUCGGAUUCCAGGCGCAAGUCAUGUCUGUCCGGCCCCGACCAGAAGGGCUGUUGGAGCCAAGGCGACCUGGAGGUAAUGGCGAGUAUCGCAAGACCACCGAUGCAGAGGAUGUCACCACCGCAGAGCCCCUUUCAGAUGGCGGUUACCGCGACUUUUCCGACAUCGAUCCAGAUAGCGGCGUCAAGCGCGGACUCAAGACGCGACAUCUGAGUAUGAUGGCGCUGGCCGGUAUCAUCGGUCCGGGCUUGCUCAUCGGCUCCGGAGGGGCGCUUGCAAGCGGAGGCCCCGCGGCGCUCAUCAUUGGGUUUGGAGUAAUCGGAAUAGUGGCUUUCAGCAUUAUGCAGUCACUGGGGGAGUUGACGACACUCUAUCCCACCGGAGGCGCAUUCACAAGCUUGUCGUCGCGGUUUGUGGACAAAGCUUUCGGCGUGGCUGUGGGAUGGAAUUAUUAUAUCAUCUGGUGGGCUGUUUUAUCCAACGAGUAUAAUGUCAUAUGCAGUAUAUUCAAUCUGUGGGGUUCUCAAGUUCCGAUCUGGGGAUAUUUUCUCAUAUUUUGGUCUGCUUUCACUGCUUUCCAGCUGCUCGGAGUUGAAUCCUUCGGUGAAGCCGAGUUCUGGCUUGCGCUUCUCAAGCUUAUCGGUCUGGUGGCAUACUUUAUCUUUUCGCUGGUGUAUGUGGGAGGCGGCAUUCCAGGUGCGCCCGCUCUGGGAUCUCGCUACUGGCAUGACCCGGGUGCCUUUGCGAAUGGGUUCAAGGGCGUCGCAACCGUCUUUGUCUUUUGCAGCACAUUCUAUGCCGGAGUGGAGUCGGUCGCAGUCGCCGCGACGGAGACCAAGAACCCGCGCACUGCGAUCCCUCUGGCGAUUCGACAAGUCUUUUGGCGAAUCGUCUUUGUAUACAUGGGCAGCGCCAUAUUCUUUGGCCUGACAUGUCCUUGGGAUGCCGACGGACUCGUCAGCGGCGAAAACCGAGCCCUGCGUAGCCCAAUGACGGUGGCGAUACAAAAUGCUGGAUGGCAGAGCGGUGUGCACCUCAUCAAUGCUUUCAUCUUUGUCACAUGCCUGAGUGCCAUCAACUCGAGCAUCUACAUUGCCAGCCGGACCAUCCUGUUUAUGGCCCAGAGCCAAAUGGCCCCCAAGUUUCUGGGUUGGACAGACAGGCGCGGGGUGCCGAUCCCUGCCAUCUUGUUUGCCAAUGCGUGUGGCUCCUUGUCUAUGAUGAACAUUUCGACAGGAGCUGCAACGGCAUAUUCCUACAUUGUCAAUCUGAGUGGCGUCUCGACCUUCCUGGUCUGGGGCUCCAUAUCUUUCACCCAUAUCCGGUUCCGCACCGCCUGGCAGGCUCAAGGCUUUGAUCCACAGUCACUGCCGUUUCGAUCAAUGCUGUAUCCUUGGAAUGCAUACUUUGGUUUGGGGGCCAACGUCUUCUUGGCGUUGGUGCAAGGGUGGUCGACACUGGCACCAUUCGAUGCACCCACGUUCGUGGACGCAUACAUUCUGAUCCCGCUGUUUGCGGUAAUUUAUGUUGCAUACAAGUUUGCUUUCAAGACUCGAUUCUGGAGGGCCGAAGAAAUCGAUCUCCUUUCUGGCCGACGUCGCGAUCUUGAAGAGGACAGGGAGAUUCAGAAUAGGACGCCCAGCGGCGCACCUCUAUCUGCUUGGCAAAGACUUUGGAAAAACUUUUAGAUAGGACUGCGUGGUUGUCAUCACAAACGAUUGGGAGUUUGUGACGGGUGGGUGGGUAAUCAAGACGGUCUGUGGUUUUGGCCCAGGCGUCGUUUUUGGCCUGGCCUGGCCUGGCUUGGCCUCAGCCUGACCUGUCUGGUCAGCUACAUGGUCGAGCAAAGGCAGCGCACCAACAGCAUCAGAUGUCAAAUUAACAAAGGGACUUGUCAUGUAAUCGAGUCUCUGCAAAAGCUUUUUGUGGCUCAGUUGACUGUUGGUUGGUGAAAAAAAAAAAAAAAAAAAAAAAGCCUGAUAAUUUUUCCGGUUUUGGCGGCACAAAGAAAUGUUUUCUGA